GUUAAGUAGUACUUCCGUUAUAAUGGGAGUACAUGAUUUGACUCCUCUACCCACGUUUGUUCAUGAUGUUGCUUUUAUUUUUGGACAUUAUUCAAACUGGAUGUGUACAUGGACGGCACUUUUUUGUCCAUUCCGGUCUCAUUUUUGAGUCUUUUACAGCAACAUUAGCAUGUACGCUAGCUUAAAAUGUGCUAGCUAGCAACUGGAAAUAUUCCAAAAUCAUUUACAACAACGUCGUAUGUUUAUCAUGGCUGAAAGAAUCGACAAACACAAACUAAGGAGGAGUUUGUCGUCAAAGAACAAGAAGAAAGGUGGCGCCAAUGCAGUCAACGCGACUCCCAUCACGUCGUUCUUCAGCAACACGCAGCCUCAAAAACUCCCCUGCCCUCUUUGUGGUCAGAUAGUUCCCAGAUUUGGGAUCAAUGAGCACAUUGAUUUGCAGUGCAAGAACUUUGAGAGAGGAGAUAGCAGCGCCAGAUCAGCAAGUAAUAUUGUUGUGUCACCCUCUGAGUUGGACUUGGACCGAGAACAGAAACAAGAAGAAACCAAAGAGACAAAAACAAGCCCUUACUUCGAAACGAGAAUCUCGUCCAACGUGUCCCGGCAGAUAGGCAGCAGAAUUGCAGUUGGAACAGUAGAUCUUGGACGUUUGUCAUCCAAAUUAUCUAGAAAAUGCCAAAAGAGAAAUGAGAGCGCACAUUCAUAUCCAGAUCAGACUCAAGACUCUGUAGAUGAUCUUAGCAACUCGCAGAAAGAAAAUCUUACCAUGCAAUAUUCAGAAAGCAGCGAGGACUCAGUCAGCACCAUCGAGCUGAUAACAACUAGUGCUGAGACAUGUACAACAACGGCAGAAGGUUUAGCAAAAGCCCCUAAACCAGAGAAUAAACUAUUUCCCACUCGUCUACUUCCCUCUUCUUCCACACUAGCUAAGAGAAAGACACCUGACAGUCAGAAGGUGCCUAGCUUAAGAAAGAAACCCAAACAUGAUGCGCCCAUCUUGACAGAAACAUGGUUUGGUGAAAAUCCACAGGCUAGAGAUGGUGGCCAACUAAAAACCGAAGAGGCCUCUGCACCUAAUUGUGACCCCCUUUUGAAUUCUGAAAAGUCUUCUCAAAUCAGCAGUAAUUUACAGGCAGUCUGUGUGGUUGAGAAAACCAACAGUGUCCAAACAGGUGACUCCUCACCCACACAAAGACUGCCCUAUUACCUACGCAAUUUCCAAACUGUCCUACAGGCUGUGCUGGACAAUGACGACGACAGAGCCCUGUUCAACCAGGAGGACAUGACUCCGGUGCAAGCCUUUGAGAAGCUAUCAGUCAUGGGACAGAAGUUGUAUGUGAGACUCUUUCAACGGAAAUUGAAGUGGCUUCAAGUGGAUAAACUGGAUUAUGAAGAAAUAUGCAGUGAUUUGGGACCAGUUAUUCACAAGCUGGUGGAAGGUGGUUUUCUAGAGUCAGAGAAGGACCUUCACGAAGUAGGAGAAGCUCUGGAUCUCUUGCCGGCCCCUGAGCUCAAAUCUCUGGCAAAGACUUUUCAUUUGGGCAAUUCUGGCACCCAAAAACAACAGCUCGUGGACGCGCUUGUCCGUCUGAGCAAGCAGAAGUCACUCUUCUCUCCGAGCCAGGCUCGAAACAACAUCGGCACCAUCAUCUUGAAAAGGGCAAAACAACUUGCAGGUUCCUGUGUGCGCCUGUCUCGUGGUCCUCGGGCUGUCUUUUCUCGCAUCCUUUUACUCUUCUCUCUGACGGAUACUAUGGAUGAGGAGGAGAUGGCAGCAGGUGGACAGAACCAGCUUUAUACCAUCUUGCUUGUCAACUCGGGGCGUCUGGCCUUCCCAGAAUACACAGUGCAGCGCACAGCAAAGGUGUUUCGAGACAGAGACGACCUUAUCAGAUAUGAAGCAUCCAUGCGAGCCUUGCAGGAUGUGACUCUGGCUAUGCAAGCAGGUCAUUGGGAAGAGGCUCUGGUCCUUUACACUGCUGCCAAGAAUGACUGGCAGGACCUUAAGGGGAGUCGUGAUCUCAGUCACCAGGAGGAGCUGCCAGUCUUCCUGCGCAGCUUCACCACAGGAUGGGCCUACACUCGCAUAUUAUCAAGAGGAGUUGAGAUCCUACAGAGGCUACGCCAAUAUGAGGAAGCAGUCAGUGAACUGCAGUCCUUACUGCUGCAAGAUGUUUACUGUCCUGACAGUCGAGGGCGCUGGUGGGACAGACUGGCACUGAACCUUCACCAACACCUCAAAAAACCUGAACAAGCGAUCUGUGCAAUCAGAGAUGGGUUGUCUGACCCCCUUGUGCGAACGGGACACAAACUGUCCCUGCACCAGAGAGCUGUUAGGAUGAGAGAGUCAGCCAGCUUGAAGAAGUAUCGCUUACAGCUCAGAGAUCUGCCCACUGUGGAUGUCCAAGAUGUUAGACAUGUGACCAUUCGAGGACAGCUGUUUCCCCAUGAAGGGGGCAUGGGCAAAUCUCGCUUUCUGAUACCAUCAAAUGGGGACGAUUGCACUGAUGCCACUGUCAUUUGCUCUGUGGAAGACUUGUCAUUAGCGCAUUACCGCCAGCAAGGCUUUGACCAAGGGAUCCAUGGGGAGGGGUCGACAUUCUCAACACUGUUUGCCCUUAUGUUGUGGGACAUCAUUUUUAUGGACGGUAUAUCAGAUGUUUUCCGAAAUCUCUACCAGACAUGCCCACUGGACCUUUACACUGACUGCUUUUAUGAGAACCGAAAAGAGGUAAUCGAUUCACGUGUGCAGUUGCUGAGGGAAGCUUCUGUGGAAACUUUGCACGCUAUGUUGGAGGAUGUCUGGACCUCCCAGGAGGGGAGAGUGUGUUCAUGUGUCAACUGGGAGCGCUUCUCCUCUCUUAGUCAAGCACAGUCUCUUGUGUCAUGUAUGGGUGGAGCCUUCUUAGCAGGAGUGAUAGCACGGAUGGCAAAAGACCUCAGGCACUGUCGUGGAGGUCUGCCUGACCUUGUUGUAUGGAACACAUCCAAUAACACUUACAAGCUGGUGGAGGUGAAAGGUCCCAGUGACCGUCUGUCCCAAAAGCAGCAGAUCUGGCUGGAUGAGCUGCAAAAACUGGGUGCUGAUGUAGAAGUGUGUCAUGUGGUAGCCACUGGAGCCAGAGGAUCUUGUCUUGAAUAAAAAAUAAAUACAAUUCUGUUAAUCUA